GUCAUCAUGCUCCGCAUGCGGGCGCUCAACGUGAUGUACCCAUCGGAGCCGACGAAGGUGCACGUCGUCGCGUUGCUUGCCUUCGCCACAGGAGACGCCAGUGGGCCUGCGUCCAUCGACCCCAUGGCCACCCUGAGGGACGUGACGACGUCCGUGAGGUACUGGCGCGGAGUCACGCCCCCUCGGGCAUUGCCAUUCAUCGUCACGUGGGGCCAGAACCCGAACGAUCUUCGCAUUGCUCACCCGCAGCUCUUCGAGGCCGCCUACGGUGAGAAGCACCCAGUGGCGUCGAAGGUGGACUCG